AUGUGGAAGCAAAUGAUCAAAGCAAGAGAUAGAGCUGCUCUUUCUUGUGGUGGGAUCAAUAAUCUGUUACAAUUGCUGAAUACUUGCUACAGGAACACUAAAUUUCAAAUCUCAGUCUUAUACCAUGAGUUGUUACCAAUCUCUCAGCAAGUGCCAUGGCAUAAUACUGUUUGGGAUCAAUUGUGCUAUCCUAAACAUUCAUUUAUUAGUUGGCUUGCUGUUUUGAACAAAUUGCUUACUAAAGACAGACUAAUGAAGAGGGGGUUAACAAAUAUCGGUUCUUGCUGCUUAUGCUCAGGAGCUGUGUUGGAAGACAGGAACCAUCUUUUCUUUUCCUGUGCUUAUUCUUCUGAGGUCUGGAAUGGCAUAAUGUGUUGGCUUCAUUUUUCCUGGAAAUCGUGCGAAUGGGAUCAUAUCUUGGAAUGGUUUUGUACAAAGUUAAGAGGAAAAGGAUUCAAACAGGGAAUCAAAAGAAUGGCAUUGACGGCUGCUAUCUACAACAUCUGGUAUGAGAGAAAUCUCAGAAUCUUCCAACAGGAACAAAGAACUGCUGAUCAAGUGAUUAAGAGAAUUAAGAUGGACAUGCUAUCUGUUGUUCUCAAUUCACAAUUCCAGGAGGAGUAUCGGGACUGGUUGCAAGAUUUGUGA